AUGGGCUCCAUUGGCGAACCAAACGGCCAUGUCGAAUUACCGGACAAGGAGUCCUCAGCGAUCCAACUCGUGAUAGCAACCCCGGAUGAGUACAGGACUCAGCAGGAAGCGAACAGCACAGAAUGGCGUGGCGCCCUGUCACUGGAGGCUUAUCUGCGACGUGAAGUCCAUCUCGCGAACACUUCUUUGACGGAGGACGGCGGCUUGACUUGCUGGGCGUUGGUCUAUCAGCCUUCUGCAGACCGAAAGCGACAAGUGCUUUGCGGCUGCGAGACGAUCCGAAAGAAAGCUCUGGUCUCGCAAAAUGGCAAGGUGGAGGAAACAACAGCUCAUGGCGUAGGGAGCGUGUUCUGCCCACCUGCACAUCGGGGGAAGGGGUACGCUGGACGGAUGAUGGCUGAUCUGGGAAAGCGAUUGCAGAGUUGGCAAGCAGAGGAGUCGAGGAGGGUACUGUUCAGUGUUCUCUACUCGGAUAUCGGCAAGCAGUUCUACGCCCGAAACGGCUGGCAAUCAUUCCCGUCUUCGCAUGUGGCUCUACCGCCUUCGACAGAUACGAAGCAAGACCUGCCAUCUGUCAGCAGCCUGAAGUCCACAGAUCUGGCUGAGCUGUGCGCCAUCGACGAGAAACUCAUCCAUGCCCGGCUGUUAAAACCAAAUUCCAAGCGUUGCGAGGUUGCCCUUGUUCCAGACACCAGCGCGAUCCGGUGGCACCACGCGAGAGAGGAGUUUGUGAUCAAGGAGCUCUUCAACCGUGACCCUGACGUCAAGGGCGCGGUCACUGGCGAGGUGGGGUCGCGGGUGUGGUGCUACUGGACUCGUGUCUACACCAAUCCUCAGGAAGAAGCUCCCAACACGCUGCACAUUCUUCGACUUGUCGUUGAGGACGAGAGCUUCUCGGACUUUUCGCCUGCUGCUGCGGAGCAAGGUUCGAGUCACAAGGCCACGCGAACCGUGAAGGCGAUUGCGAGCUUAUUCGCUGCAGCACAACAAGAAGCUACAAAGUGGGAUAUGAAGGAGGUGCAGAUCUGGAACCCUACCUCCACCACGCUUGCUGCAGCGCAAAUGCUGGAGUCUACGGCGGUCGUUCAGCAUCGGGAGAACGAAUCCAUCGCCAGCUUGAGAUGGUAUGGCGAGGGUUCGUGGGAAGAUGUGGACUGGAUCUGCAAUGAGAAAUAUGGUUGGUGUUGA